AUGAAUCCCUACAAAAACGACCCGACCAAAACCACCCCCUCAGAUCUCUACGCCGACAUCCCCAACUGCGGCCGCUACGGCCUAACUUCAUCCGGCUUCCAGCCGGAUCCCGCAUACCUCCUAUCGACCUCGCCCAAGACAGUCUGGUCGAAGGGAAGGGAUUAUGUGUUGUUUGAUGAGAACAAAGCCAUGGCCGCAUAA